AUGGAUAAAUUAUUGAGUGGUGCCACUUUUUUGCCUAUAUAUGGACUAACUGAUAAAUAAAAAUUAGAACAUAGAACCAUCUUCACUAAUAUUUCACUUGGGAAUAACUAAAACUUAGGCACUAUAUUAGGGAUAACAGUUUUAGGAGUGAUUGGCUUUUUGGCCCUUGGAUUUACCUUUUUAGGAGCCAUAGGUGGAGGAGCUAUUGGCAUAAUUUUGGGAAGGUACUUAGGAAGGAAGAUCUCAAAAAAAAUUGCUACAAAAGGGAUAAAUUUAACUGAAUUUGAUAUCUUUGUCAUCAGAGUAAAAGGCUUACUAAAAUGGGUAAACUUCAAUUUGAUGAUUUAGGGUAAAUUGAUUAUGGUCAAGUAUCUGAAUAACAUCAACUUACAGAGGUUUUGUGUUUAGAGAAUUUUGACUGAGAUCAUUUAUUACUAUGUUAACAGUCCACCUUGUGUAGAUAACAGAGAGUUUUGUUAGAAAAGAAUAUUGAAAUACGAUUUUCCAAAGCCUGGAAAAACUUGUCUUUUAUAUUUUAGUGUAGAUCACAAAAAAGCCCCUAAAUUCAAAGGGCAUAUCAGAGCAGAAACAUUAAUUUCAGGUUAUAUUUUAGAAUCUAUACCUGGAGGAAGUCGAUUGUAUUUUUGUUCAAAUAAUGAUGUCAAAGGGGACAUUCCAAAAAGCUUAGUUAACUAUGUAGCUUCGAGAGCCCCUGUUGGUUGGAUUAAUUCAUUAAGAAAAGGUUGCGAAGAUUACAAUAAGAUAAUGCUACAAAUUCAAUGA